UAUUCAAACUCUCACUCGGCCCUCCAUUCAGUCUGUCGUUUUACAUCACAGGGAUUCAAAUCAGUCGCUCCUGCUUUGCGUCCGCUUUCCCACAGGUGAUGGGCGCAGCCGGCAAACGGGCAUGACUUAACCCUACCUACUACGACUAAAAGGCCGGCUCACUGCAAUGUUAUGACGAAUGACAAACAAGCUGAAGUGGGACGACUUCAUACAUAAACUGAGAAAAGCCUGAGGGGAAAAAAAAAAAAGAAAACUUGAAGAAAACCCUCCACCUGGAUGUCUUAACCCUCUUUGUACUUUGACCCCCCACCACAGUCAGAGAAGACUUUCACCACCAACACACCUGGAGUGUUCUGCAGUGCAAGUGGGAAUGAUCAGCAAAAAAAAAAGUUAAAUGGCCUGAGGACUGAACCAAAACUGAGCCAGCAGUAGAUAUAGAGGCUGUGCAAUGAGGUCUCCUGUGUAAUAGCUGACAAGUCCCAUCAUGUUAAGGAAGAGAUUGUCAAGGUGUGCAGGCAGACUCAGCCUAGUUUCUUGACAGAAGCGGGUGUGCAUGUGUAGGAUUCAAAUGUCCUCGAUUUUCUCUGCAAGACAGAUGGCAUUGUGCUUUUAAGUAACACACCACUUCCUAAGGAUUUACCGCCGACAGACUGUUGACGGAAAAGAAUACUUCUGAGGAUAUAUAAAUAGAAUAAAUAAAAACACUGCCAAGAUGUCUCGAAGAAUAUCACUGUACAGGAAGCCAUCUGCUGGUCGGUGGCCCAGCAGGAACUCCAAGCGGAGGGAGGUGCUGUCCGUCAACAUGAUUAGUCUUCCACUGGCUGAUUUCCGCCACAUCUCUCAUAUUGGAAACGAUAUCCAUACAGACAGCUUUGGAGAUUUGUCUUUUCUGAAGAAUGGCCACAGUCUGCUUCUUCAAAGCUCCCAGAGUGAGCAGAAUCUGUUCCUGGCCUGCUCACCGCCUCCGAAGCCGCCUCGGCUGAAUCUGGAUGAGACCGACAGCACAGGCAGCCCCGACUUGUCUGAGCGCCAGCACAGCACCUCCCAGAAGAGGAAGAAAUGCAGCUCUAUGCCACUGCUGGACAGCAGGGACGGAGACAGCGAGGUGGAAAGGGAGGAUGGGCACCAAAGGGUGAAUAGUGAUGCUUCCAAUCAGACUCAGGCGCCCGAACGGAACAGUGUGAAUUCAGAUAUGGACGGGGAUUUAACGGUGACCUGGGAGAAAUCUUCUGCAAAGCAGAAGGACGAGGACAGUGGCUUUUCAUUCACCCUUGACCUGGGCCCUUCAAUCCUGGACGAUGUUCUGCAGGUGAUGGAACAACUACACAAAUAAGCAAGAUAGUAAUAAGGGAGGCUUUGGAAAGGUUUGGAAUACUCGGCACACCUCUGGGAGGACACACUCCGGACUUUCUGGACAAAAUCAAUGCAAUGAAUCUCGUUAAAAUAUCAUGGACAGAUGAACUCUGCAGCCUUUUAAGGAGCAGAACAUAUUAUGGUUACAGAACACUGGUCAAUAGCAUGUUUAUGAAGGUUCUCAGUCAUCCAGGUCAUAAUCUCAAAGGCAUUAGAAAGGCAACAGGUCAAUGGUCAAAAGCAUGGUCAAUAGCAUGUGAUAAAUAGUAAGAAUGACCCCACAUGAAAGGUAAAAAAAUCACAACUGCACAAAGUUAAUGUUCUCCUCAUUCCCACCCUUGAAGAAGUAAAGGCAGAAAGUUAAGUUUAAGUUAAUAAUUGAACUCUGGUUGAUGUCAAACUCCAAUCUGGACAUUUUAACCUUCGUUUAUAUUUUGUCUUUGCCAUUGUUUCCCCCGCAAACCACACAAUGCAGCACUGAGGACGGCUGUUAAGACUUAAGAGUGUUGUGUUUAAGAAAAGAAAAGCUACGGCUGGAAUCCAAGGUCCUCGAGCUGUGAUGUCUUGGCUCUUGGUGUGCUUGCCAAUCUAUUGUGUGCAGAGGGGCAAUUUUUACUCCGCACGCAUCCCAGAGGCCCCACUCAAAGGUAGACCAAGGUACCCCCCAUCUCCCAUUCCCAACAAUGCAGUGAAAACAAACACUUAGCUCUGCUUCCAAUAAAAGGCAGCCAGUGGUGGCAGUUUGGGCUGCAGACCAAACCAGGCCACAGGUCCAAGACCUCAGAAGAAGAAAAAAAAAAUAUGCCAGACCAAGCUGUUUUCUUAGCUGCAAAUCAGAGUCCUGUGUUCUUGUGAGUGGCGCACGAGAAGGAAAGUGGUAAAAGGUAACGUGAUACUUCCACAUAUGCAGGGGGUGUCGAGGGAGGAGGACCAGAGACAUCCAUUAGUGCAGCAAAGGUUCUGAUGAGGGUUUAAACACUACCUUCUGACCAAACAGGCCCCUGACACGUGAAAAAUACAUCCUGCCCCUCACGUAGUAAGGGAAACGCACAUGUACUGUAGGUGUAUGUCAGCACGCACAGGCAAACUUUGAUUUGUGCGGACAACUUAGGUCCAUUCUUCCUCAGGUCUACAGAGAAGACAAUCCGGACAGAGCCUCAGUCUGUGUCUUAGUGGGGGCUGCUGGGACACAUUGUGGGACAAACCAAGAGCCAGUCGAAUUCCUACGUGCCCCACGCAUCAUACAGAAAAAUAUAAGAACCACAAACGUCUUGCUUCAAGCAGCAGAUUUAGCCCCACAAAUGUCCAAACAGACACAGCAAUGUCUGUGGCCACGUCUGCCCCGUAUAUGUGUGUUUGUGCAUCUCCCAUUUUAAACUGGAUAUCGCUUCUCCUGUUUCUUGUUAUGACAAUGUCGCAUUGUGAAAUUUCUUUUGCAUUGAAAAAAUGUACUGUUUUGUACUUUGGGCAAGUAAAGAAAAAUACCACACAUA